GUGGGGGUCCCAAGACUAGACCUACAUUCUUUCCUUAUUAGGCUUGGACCCAGGCCAGUGCCCUGUUAGCCCUGAGAAACCCGGAAAAUCACAGAAGAGGGAAUAGAAAGGAAGAAAAUAGUUGGUUGCUGUCUCCAGCUCCAGGCAGAGGGGAUGAAAAGCUCAGGAUGAGGCAGCUGGAGGGGUCCCGCUGCGUCGCUGGGGCUGCACCUCGGACUAGGACCGCCGACGAGUCUGCAGCCAUGUCGGGCCGCUCAGUGCCACAUGCCCACCCGGCCACCGCCGAGUACGAAUUUGCCAACCCGAGCCGCCUGGGUGAGCAGCGCUUCGGAGAAGGCCUCCUGCCAGAAGAAAUCCUGACCCCCACCCUCUACCAUGGCUACUAUGUCCGACCUCGGGCUGCCCAAGCUGGGGAGGGCAGCAGGGCAGGGGCUUCUGAGCUCAGGCUCAGUGAGGGCAAGUUCCAGGCAUUUCUGGAUGUGAGCCACUUUACCCCAGAUGAGGUGACUGUGAGGACUGUGGACAACCUGCUGGAGGUGUCUGCCCGGCACCCCCAGCGCCUGGACCGCCACGGCUUCGUGUCCCGAGAGUUCUGCCGCACCUAUGUCCUGCCUGCUGAUGUCGACCCCUGGCGGGUCCGCGCUGCUCUCUCGCAUGAUGGCAUCCUUAACCUGGAGGCACCUCGGGGUGGCCGACAUUUGGACACAGAGGUCAAUGAGGUCUACAUCUCCCUGCUCCCUGCGCCUCCUGAUCCAGAGGAAGAGGAAGAGGGAGCCACAGUUGAGCCCUGAGUGCCACAGACCUAGCACCCAGCGAACCCCUCUCUACCUCCUGCGGUGAUACGAGCAGCUGCCCACCACCCCAGAGGUAGCAGCAUCCUUGGGGGAAGGGAAGAGUGCAUGGUCCACAAUGUGUGGUUUGGUCCCUUGGGACGUGUCAUAGCCUUUGGUUUAGUUCUGGGUGGAGCUGAAUAAACCCAAAUCUCAGGGC